AAGCAAGAAAGAAAUUUGCUUUAUUGCUUUAUUACAGGGGUGGAUGCGUCUAAUCCUAUUACCUCUCACCGAUGCUGUGUCGUUGGUCCAAUUAAAAGGUCAAGAAAUAUAGGAUUGGUUGGAGCAAAGUCCUACUACAUUGUAUUUUCCAACUUCGGCAGCACUGGGCUUAUAUCUUUCCUCUGCUUUGCACUGCGUAGAGGAACAACACAACACGACACAAACCAAGAUGGAGUUCGGGAACAAGGUCAUCCUCUUCUUGCUGGCGGCCAUCCUCUUCAUCGGCAUCGGGUUGGGGCUCGGUCUCGGUCUCGGUCUCAGUAGAAGGGCGCCAAAUGACUUGGCGGGCGUACCUGAGCCUACAGAAGGGCCUGAAGAACCCGUUCAAGAGGCCUUGCAGAGGAUUGAUUGUUACCCCGAUCCCGGAGCCACCGAGGAGACGUGCGAGGCUCGAGGGUGUCGAUGGAGCUUUACCGACGUAGAGGGUGCCCCGUGGUGCUACUACCCGAAGCAGGUGGACGUACCGGGGUACACCAUGGUUUCAGCUGUUGUCCGGAACAGUUUGGGCUUUGAAGCGGUUCUCCAGCGAAGGGCUACACCAGUCCGCUAUGGUAGACCAGUCGUGAGGCUCUUGUUCAAAGUCGAGCUUCAGACAGACAAACGCGUCCGUUUCAAGCUCACCGAUAUGGACAAUGAGAGAUACGAGGUUCCGGUGAUCGACUUCGAGGGCCCCGACCAACCUGCCGACGAUCUCGACUACGAGUUUAUCUACGCACCCGAUCCAUUCAGCUUUAAGAUAAGGAGGAAGAGCAAUGGGGCUAUCAUGUAA